ACACAUCACAAUGAUUCAUACAGUAAUUUCACAACACAACCUGACAGCUCUUUUGACAGGCAGACACGGUGACGUCAGUCCUGUCUGGCUCGCGCCGAGGGUGGGUGAGGAGGGGAGGCGCGCGGGGACGCGAGCGCGAGAGGAAGGAGAGGAAAAAAAAAAAAAAAAAAAAAAAAAAAACCUCAACCAUCAUCGACGCGCUGGCUGUGCGGGGUCACGAACUAUGACCUUUAACAGAAGAAAACCAAAACAAAUAUUUUAUAAAAUAGCAGACAGCUCUAAAUCUGUGACCGCCGUCUCUCGGAGACCUCACUAAUGACCUUACAUCUUCAUGACGACCAACCUCAAUCUGCUCAGUCAGCAGAAAGUGGACUCUGAGCACGAGGCAGAGGUGUCAUCCUCUCCCUCAGACUUCAUCAUGAGUGAGUCUCCACAGCGAUUUCAGGUCAUCUCCACUGAGCCGGCCACAACACCACAGCGAAUACAGAUUGUAACGGACCAGCAAACAGGUCAGAAGAUCCAGAUAGUGACAGCGAUGAAGCCGUCCACGGCUCCCAAGCAGCAGUUCAUUCUGACUACGGCUGACAGCUCAGGGGCAGGCAAGGUUAUCCUGGCCUCACCAGACAGCCACAACACUAAGCAGCUCAUCUUCACUGCUGCGGACAGCCUGAUGCCAGGAAGGAUACAGAUAGUCACAGAUCCAGUGUCAAUGGAGCGGUUGUUAGGGCAGUCGGGGGACUUGAGCCGACCGCAGCCAGUGGAGUACUGUGUAGUGUGUGGCGACAAGGCUUCAGGGCGUCACUAUGGAGCAGUCAGUUGUGAGGGAUGUAAAGGCUUCUUCAAGCGGAGCGUGAGGAAAAACCUGACCUACAGCUGUCGCAGUAAACAGGACUGUGUCAUCAACAAACACCACCGCAAUCGCUGCCAGUUCUGUCGGUUGAGGAAAUGUCUUAAGAUGGGGAUGAAGACUGAGUCUGUCCAGAGUGAGAGAAAGCCCAUUGAUGUAGUGCCCAGAGAGAAGCAUGCCAACUGUGCUGCCUCCACCCAGAAGAUCUACAUCCGCAAGGACCUUAACAGCCCGCUCAUCGCCACGCCAACCUUUAUCUCUGAUACGGAGACAGAUGGCUCCAGAUCCAGCCUGCUGGACCAGGGGAUGCUGGUUAAUAUCCAGCAGCCAGUCAUCCAGAGUGAUGGAACUUUGCUGCUGGCCACUGACUCAAAGAUGGAGUCCGGGCAAGGGGACUUGGGUACACUAGCCAAUGUGGUGACAUCACUGGCCAACCUGAGCGACUCACUAAAAGAGAAUCUAAACAAUGGCGAUACCUCGGACAGCCAACACGAGGAGCAGUCUGCCAGCGAGAUAACACGUGCCUUUGACACCCUGGCCAAAGUUUUCAACCCACUUGAAGUUGGAGCCGGACAGAGACUGGCAGAUAAGUCGCCGUGUGUCAGUGGAACGACCAUCCAGCUGAUUGGUCGAGACCAGGAGACCCCCAUUAUUGAGGUGGAAGGACCACUGCUCACGGACAGCCAUGUCGGCUUUAAGCUGACCAUGCCGAGCCCCAUGCCCGAGUAUCUGAAUGUUCACUACAUCUGCGAGUCAGCAUCCAGACUUCUUUUUCUCUCCAUGCACUGGGCACGCUCCAUUCCUGCCUUCUCAGCUCUUGGUCAGGAGGCAAACACCAGCUUGGUGCGAGCCUGCUGGAAUGAGCUGUUCACUCUGGGCCUCGCUCAGUGCGCUCACGUGAUGAACCUGUCGACCAUCCUCACUGCCAUCAUCAACCACCUUCAAAGCAGCAUCCAGGAUGACAAGCUUUCAGGGGAGAGGGUGAAGCAGGUGAUGGAGCAUAUUUGGAAGUUCCAGGAGUUCUGUAACAGCAUGACGAGGCUGGAAACCGACAGCUACGAAUACGCCUACCUGAAGGCAAUAGUGUUGUUCAGCCCUGAUCACCCGGGUGUGGAUGGCAGCGGGCAGAUAGAAAAGUUCCAGGAGAAGGCCUUGAUGGAGCUGCAGGACUAUGUGCAGAAAACAUACCCAGACGACACCUACAGGUUGACCCGUAUCCUGACUCGUCUCCCAGCCCUGCGCCUCAUGAACUCCAGCAUCACAGAGGAGCUCUUCUUCACCGGCUUGAUAGGUAACGUCUCUAUUGACAGCAUCAUUCCCUACAUCCUGAAGAUGGAGACGGCUGAGUAUAACAGCCAGGACUCCGACCCUACAGACUGACAACCCAUCACUCCGGCACCCAGAACUGUCGAGUUAAAGAUUAGUGAGUCUACACUCCAGGUACUAUCUUUGUCUUGCAACAGUAAACCCCUUACUGUUAAACCAUAGUCCAAAAUCCUGCAGAGACUGCUUGUUUUCUAAUGAUGCAUGGUGACGCCAAGUCAUUCAGGAAUCUUUGGUAGAUGAACAUAAACUGGCAAAGCCAGGAUGACACAGGAAUGUUUUCUUGAGUUGAAGCAGUAAUCUUGAGUUUCUGGCCUAAACUUGGUCGCUCUGAACUGAAUGAAAGAGGAAUACUUUGCAGCUGGGCAUGCAGCUGUGCUCAUCUCCUUUAAUAUCUUUACAGCACUUACGUGUGAACUUUACCUUCUGAACUUUUCAAACUGUCUUUUCUAAGCCUUACCUUGCUUUCAUGUCCACAUGCAUAAAUUAGCACUGGCUUUUGUUGCAGGUAUCAGAUGAGCUGUAUUGACAGGACCAGUCCGUAAUCUAAAACUCACAAACAGAAAUUAAAUUUGUCAUUUAAUACUUAAAUACACCCAGGUAAUUUCAAAAUGUACUUUGAAGCUGUAAAGUAUUUGUUUAUGUUGCUGUCUGGGAACAUUGACACAGUAUAAACUGGUGUUUUUAACAACCUGUUAGUGCUCUUAAUUCAGGCUUUUACAAAGACUAACUAUGACUUUUCUAAAUGUCGUAUAACAAGGAACUGAAACAAGCUUUGUCUUUUUGAAACUGACACAUUUCCCCAAAAGGUACGGAACAGUUUAUUUAAACUUUAAAUAGAUUGAAGUAAAAGGUGGAAUGAGAACUGCAAUCAGGUACAAGAACUAAUGUAAACCUCACUUAAUAAAUCCUUAAUAUGUAUUCGUAUGGACCAUAGCAUUUAUGAACCACAGAGUGCAUUUUUUAGCUCAUAACAACCAACAUCAUUCAGUUUCUCUAAUUCACAUUCACAAAGUCACAUAAGCCAAAUUAGCCAGUUGAAUUAAAAACAUUUCUUUUUAUAUAUAUAUAUAUAUCUAUAUAUUUAUAUCUAUAUAUCAUAUAUAUAUAUAUAUAUAUAUAUAUGUAUACUGAAUGACCUCUCAGAGAUUUGUAGGUUCGGGAGCGUUUUUAUGUCAGUAAGUUAUUUCUGCAUUACCAUUAAUAUGUUGCUAAUAUAACCUGUGCAAUCACCUCAUCACUUUUCCCUUUAUGACAAUCAACUAUAUGUUAUUCCCUUCUGUCUCAUCAGUGUCACGCCUGUUCUUCUCAAUCUGUAUUUCAUAUGCGUGUUUAUCAGUGGCAAUUAUUUCUUUGAAUGAAUUGGAUUGAAUCUUUGAAAGAUUUUGGGUUUAGAAAUGUGUACGUGUAGCUAUGCUACUGUUUUUGUACUUUGUGUUUGCUCUUCGCACAUCAAUCAGCUUUUGUGACGUCGUUCCAUCAUGUUCAUGCUGACUAAAACUUUGUGUUUUGUAUGUUUUCUAAAAAAGAAACAAACCUUUAAUUUGUUGUGAACAAAUUUGCUUGUUGCAUACUAAGUGUACUUAAAGUACUUUUGGGCAGGUUUCCCUGAUUUAAAAAAAUAAAAGAUUUCUGGGAAGUCAGUCUCGAGUGCACUGAUGUCUUGAAGACCAUAUGUUGAUGUGCAUCAGCUUACCCACUUAUAUAAAUGUUCUGAAUAAGCAUCCACAGCAUUGUGAAUGGUAACGGGGAUGUAAAGAAGUAAACAAGGAUUUUGUCUUGUGAAAUAAAUGUCAAUUGUAAUAUUUGGGUUUAAAACCCAUACAGACUUUUAAAGGCACUGUUGUGAAAUGACCUUUGUACAUGUAAUUUCAUAAAAUGAGUGCAUGUUGUUUUUAAGCGGGGUUUUAUAAUCUUGUCGCUGUCUGUCCUAAUAAGGAGCAUUGUUAUAAUUUUUAUAGUGCAUUGCAGUGCAUGACGAAGUUGCUUAAGUGCAUUUUAUUAAAUGCUGUAUGAAAAAUGUUAAUUUAAAUGUUGUGGCUUUAAAAUAUUUACCAUGAGCAGCUCCCACAUUAGAGCAUAUUAGACCAGAAAAAAAUACAUUUUUUUCAGCUUGUGGAUUGAAUAUCAUAUGGUUAAAAUUUUAUACUAUGUAAAUGUACUUGGUUUUUCUGCUCAUGUAAAAAUGUACUUCUUCAAACAUUGAGAUUGAGAAAUUCAAGAAACAACAUUCAUGUUUUGCUCAAGUUUGUCACAACCCUACGUUUCUACCUCACACCGAUGAUGAUAUAAAACAAAUGUAUUAACGACUGAGCUCCUGUAUCAGCAUUCCAGUCUCUGAGGCUGGCUUCUCUGAAACCACACAUAAUAAAAGAAAUAAACAAUUAAUUAUGAAAUA